UUGCUUUUAUGACAAUACUUUAUGACUGUUCGGCAGCCAAUAUUGACAGGGAUGUUUGCAUUGAAAGGCCAUUUCUUUUUGCAUCGGGAAGAAAAGCGUGCAGGUUUACAUUAGUGGAUGCACAAAGAUGGUUUGAUUCAGAUAUGGGUGUUUGUCCUCAGAAAUGCCGUAUAAAAAUCAAAUACUUGUACGAUGGAUAUGGGUAUCAGCUGACAAAUAUUGAUCUUAAUUUCAAUGGUUUAUCCGAUUAUUUUGCAACGAGAUGCAACAAUUUAAAUUUUGAGAGAACUUUAGAAAUUGUUUGCAAAAUAGACACAGAAAAUGGCAUUUCGAAAGAUAUUUGUACACCAACAAAGGAAUGUGAAGAAGAAUCCAAGACAUGUUUACUGACGGGAAACAUCGGCAUAUGUAUAUGUAAAUCCGGAUAUAUAGGAUGCCAAAACGAAUGUUUAAAGGGCAAUUUGAAACUGAACGAAACAUGCGAGCAGAAUGAGCAGUGUUCUGGGGCAUUUGGAUCAGUCUGUCAGAAUAAUACAUGUGUCUGUAGACCAGGAUAUGUUCCAUUGAAUGAUUCGGAGUGCAUUAUGUUACACCCAGGCGUAAAUUCUCAAGCAAGUAUCCAGGACCAAACAGAAGACAAAAUUGGCGGUGUGACAGUUGGAUCUCUUUUUGGUGGGCUUAUUCUAGGCGUUUUCCUAACUAUUUUUGCAGUAACCCUUUUUCAUCAAAUGCGUCAUGGGAAAUUUAAAAGAAAAGAAAAAGAAUGUCCAAAGGUUACAACUUUUAACAAUAUUUCUUAUGAGGCAGAAAAAAAUGCAGAUCAGAAUAUUCCUUCGAUGCAUUGUACAAAUGAGAGAAAGAUUGUAAAUGUGUCACCGUUUGCUCAUUCUACUGAAUCGUCAACAAAGAAAUGCGCCCAAGAAACCCGAACUCAAUCAAUGGCAAAUAAUUACAAAAAUAAUGGUGUAUACAACCAUCUGUAUGAAAAGGAGGAGGAUAUGGAAAUUGAUAAACAUUACGACUACGCCAAUAGAAACCCUACACGUGCGAUGAAAGAAAGUAACUACUGUGUUCUCAGCACAGAGAGAAGACAUGAAGGAGCUGAUGUUUGCGUAGCUGAGGAUUGUGAUGCCCAAGUGCCAGCUAACGUUUACUGUUCACUUGAAAAGCAGUAAAGAAUCUUAAUGUUUUUGUGCAAAGACAUUGUUGUGCCGAAUCAAUGUUAUUGUUUUGUCUGCCUCAUUAUAAAGGGAAUUUUGAAUUUGUGUAUCAA